AUGAAUAUAUUUAGAUUUUUGGGCGACUUAUCACACCUCACGAGUAUCUUAAUCUUGAUUCAUAAAAUCCAAACAUCAAGGUCUUGUAGGGGUAUUUCCUACAAGACUCAGCUGCUAUAUGUCAUCGUCUUCGUUUCAAGAUACCUGGAUCUGGUUUGGACUUACGUGUCAUUAUACAAUAGCCUGAUGAAGCUCUUCUUUAUAUCAAGCAGUAGCUACAUUCUCUAUCUUAUCAAGAUCAGAUUCAGGCCUACGCUGGAUCCCUCAAUCGACACCUUCUCAUUGCCUUAUUUGAUCAUUCCUGCGGCGAUUCUCUCGCUGAUAUUCAACUACGCGGACGAAAAGGCUUGGCUGAGUGAAGUCCUUUGGAGUUUCUCCAUUUACUUGGAAUCCGUCGCAAUUCUUCCCCAAUUAUUCCUCCUCCAGAGAACUGGCGAAGCUGAGACAAUCACCACUCACUACUUAUUCGCCCUGGGUGCUUACAGAGCUUUAUAUAUUCCAAACUGGAUCUAUAGAUACGCAACUGAAUCCUUCGUUGACCCAAUAGCCAUCAUCUCGGGCCUCAUUCAAACGGCGCUUUACGCCGACUUUUUCUACAUAUACUUUACCAAGGUUAUUAGAGGACAGAAAUUUGAGCUGCCUGCUUGA